CAGAGUGGAGUACUUACCGCGAAGAGUUGUCAUUACUAACCAAAGUUCAGGUACCUCGUUGGCUUGGUACUAGUUCAUCUGAUGACCUUGAAUUGCACGGUUUUAGUGACGCCUCUAAAGCAGCGUACUCAGCCGUCGUUUACUUAAGAACAAUUGAUGUCUCAGGCAAAAUUCAUCUGUCAUUGUUAGUGGCUAAAACGAGAGUAGCUCCCAUCAAACAAAUUAGUAUUCCUCGAUUGGAGCUAUGUGGUGCUGUACUUGUAUCAAAGUUAUUGAUAGAGACAGCAGAGAUUUUAAAUAUUUCAAAGGAAAAGAUCUUUGCAUGGACUGAUUCUACAGUAGUGCUAUCGUGGCUUAAUAGUCACCCUAGCAGGUGGAAAACGUUUGUUGCCAACAGGACUUCAGAAAUUUUGGGCGCUUUGAAUUCAUCUCAAUGGUUUCAUGUGCCGACCAAAGAGAACCCAGCUGACUGCGCAUCAAGAGGAAUACUUCCCAGUUCAUUAGUCGGUAAUGAGUUAUGGUUUUCAGGACCAUCAUUUCUGAAAAAUAAAUUAAUUGAGUACAAGAGGCCAAAGAAUCUAAAGACAGAUUUAGAACAAACUAUAAAGGCGCACACAGCUGUAGUUCCAGAGCACGUAGUUUUCGAAAAUUAUUCCAGUCUAAGAAAAUUAGUUAAAGUUAUUGCGUAUUGUCGAAGAGUUUUAAAAAAGGAAAAGCACGAUAGUAAAUAUUUGAAAGAUCACGAAAUAGAAGCAGCAUUACAAACUUGUAUAAGGAAAUCACAAAUAGAUUAAUUCACAACAGAAUAUGAACAAUUAAAGGAAAAAGGGUAUUUAAAUAUAAAAUCAAGUAAAUUGAAAUCACUUUGUCCUUUUCUCGACAAGAAUGGUAUCAUGCGAAUUCGUGGACGACUUGAAAAGUCUGAACUAGAUGAGCAAGUAAAACAUCCGAUAGUUCUACCACAUUCAUGCCAUUUGACUCUUCUUAUAGUUGCAGACGCGCAUGAGAAGACAUUGCAUGGUGGUCCUCAGUUAAUGGCAAACUAUUUAAGGUCAGCCUAUUGGGUAAUAGGUGCUAGAUCUCUAGUUCAACAAUAUGUUCGCAAGUGUGUAACUUGUGCGAAACAGAGAGCUAGUGUUAGAAACCAACUGAUGGGUGCGCUCCCAUCGGUUCGAUGUACACCAGCAAGACCAUUUUUAUAUAGCGGAGUGGAUUAUGCUGGACCCAUAAGUAUAAGAACCACUAAAGGACGUGGGCAUCGUUCUUAUAAGGGCUACAUAUGCCUUUUCGUUUGCAUGUCCACUCGUGCUAUUCACCUAGAGGUCGUCAGUGACAUGAGCACACAGGCAUUUUUAGCCGCUUUUCGACGUUUUGUGUCGCGACGAGGUCACUGUGCUAAAUUGUGGAGCGACAACGGCUCCAACUUUGUAGGCGCCUCCAGAGAACUGCAACAGUUGGCAUCUAUUCAGCCAGCCAUAGCAGAAUAUCUGGAAGCAAACAACACCGAGUGGCAUUUUAUUCCGCCUCAUGCUCCCAAUUUCGGUGGUCUUUGGGAAGCGGGUGUAAAAUCCACCAAAUUUCACCUUAAAAGGGUUAUUGGCGACUCUACCCUAACGUACGAGGAAAUGACUACAUUCCUCAAUCAAGUGGAAGCCUGUCUGAAUUCGCGGCCGAUAAGCGUUAUUAACUUUACUGAUCCUGGUGAGCCCCUCCCUUUAACUCCUGGACAUUUUUUAAUAGGAGAACCGAUAAUUAAUGUACCAGAUAAAAAUUACAAAAGUUCAAACGUAAGCUAUUUAACUAGGUGGCAAUUUGUGCAAAGGAUGCUGCAGUCUUUUUGGAAACGAUGGUCACAGGAAUAUCUGUCAAAGCUCAUGAAUAGGUACAAAUGGGCGUCACAAGUUCCGGAACCUAAUGUUGGUGACGUUGUUUUAAUUAAAGAAGAUGAUUUGCCUCCAAGUCGUUGGUUAUUGGGUAGAGUUAUAGAGAAACACCCCGGUGAUGAUAACGUUACCCGUGUAGUCACAUUGCGUACGAAAACAUCCGUAAUUAAGAGGCCAACAUCAAAAUUAUGUAUUCUGCCUAUCUCGGAUCCAUGAAUUGUUCAAUUUUUAUGUCAAAUUUAUGUAAAAAUAUUAUUGUAUCAAAUGUUCUUUUACUUUUACGAUCAAAUGUAGCUAUAUGUACAACAUUAAUUACAUUUAUAGGUUUAAUUUUACAAUGUUACUUUUCAAAAUUUUAUUUUAGGUUAUUUUAAGCUGUUGAAGUCUUUAUUUUUAUUUGUAAGUUUUUAGGUCAUACUUUAUGAGAUUAAAUUAUAGAAGUGUGUUAUAAAGUAUUAAGUGCAAAUUUUAGAUUUAAGUUCAAAUUUUAAAUUUAAGUGCAAAUUUUAGAUUUAAGUGCAAAUUUUAGACUUAAGUACAAUUUAAAAGGCCAUUCCGUCACUAAAUGUCCUUGGUGGGCGGUAUGUUAAUGAAGAAACCACAUUUGUAAUUAAAAAAGUUUUAGUUCUACUUCGAUAGAUGGCGUUGACAUAGAAAUAGAUUGCACUAUGGUUGCGUUACUCAGUGUGUAAUAAGGCCAUUUAAAAUUAUUGUAUAUAAUAAUAAAACCAGCUCAGAUCAU